AUGCCGGCCAGCCACCUGCCGUACCCCGAUUGCACAUUUACAAAUUCUUCCCAAAAGCCGCUUGUAGCCCCAGUCGAGACUGAAAGAAAGAGGUAUGAAGAUUCCUCAAGAGCGUCAGCUACAGCCAUCCGCUUCGCUGGAGCUCUCGUGACGGAGGCCCCCGCAAGUGGGAGUAGACCGGUCGAAAUCGUGUCGUCUUGUGGUCUCUGCCAGCAACGUGCGCGUCAUCCAACCAACAACCUCCUCACCCCUACACGGGCUGACCAGUCGACCUGCGACGCUCUCUAUCAAAUCCUUGAUACCCAGACUCCCUUGCGGAAUAUUCUUGGAGACAGAUUCCUGGGGCCAGCAAACGGUCGAUAUCACAGAUCUACACGAAGGUACCCCUCUACUCGAUCGGCACUAUCGGAACUCGAAGUCGAGAUUAUUGUUCUGUCUCUCCUACACCCACCGCGGUCUCCAGCCGGCGAUACCGGCGCAGUGGGGAAGUCGUGCGGAGAGGUCAUACAAGCCUCUCCGGACAUCCAGAUCUGA